AUGCCCAGUCGCCCACAUGACUAUAUCUACGAUGUCAAUUCGACGGUCGCGUGCCACACCGACCACAUCAAAGCGAUGGUCAAGUCGCAGACUCACGAUGUGAUCAUCAACCCAAACUAUACAAACAUGUUUUCGGCGUUGAACCACUAUCCACCAUCGCAUUACCGGCUCCGUCCACGCAAACUCCCGGCGCAUCUUGGGAAUGACCGACGAUCCUACAACAACUUUCCCGCUCACGUCGACGGCGUAAACCGGUUCAAGUACUUUCGUCGUCCUCUGAUUCCGUACAUGCCGACGCUGGGCGGUCAGAUUGUCUAUGCCCGCAAGCCUCCCCCAAUCGCCCAAGCCACCGUGGAGCGACCCGUUUCGCCUUUCAGCAAAACUGUGGCCGUUCAGUCGAUUUACAGAGAAUCCGAGGCGCAGACGGACCCGUACUCUCCUGAAUAUGUUAUUCCGCCCGGAUCCGUUCCACCCGAGCUCUUGGCAUUGGCCACGUUGACGUUCGGCUCAGGAUUGCCUGUUGGCAUGGCCGAACUGGAGAUGAUCGAGCGGGCCAGGUCAAAGAGAGCGUGGGAAGCCACGCUUCCAAAGGUGGUUGACCAAGAAUCCUUUGAAAAGCGCCUGCGUAUGAUGGAGGAGAUGGAACUGAAGGAGUGGCAGGAACGCGAGGAGGAGAUCCGAAAACUCCAAGAGGCUAGACUGGAAAUCUUGGCCAAGGUCAUCAAGAAGCGAAGCGAGGAGAACGAAGCAAUGAACAACGAGCGGGUCGAAAAGAUCUGGCAACGAAAGCUGCAGGAGCGGGAUACCUUGCUCGAGAAGCUGCAAAAGAAGCGAAUCAAGGCUCUGAGGAAGAUCUCGAAUAGGCGAAGCAAGGUCCAGAACAAGGUCGAGAAACGAGACAUUAUCGCCGAGUACGCCAGCUAUGGAUCUUCUGUCUAUGCCCCCAAAGCCAGAGAUGGCAUGUACCGAGACAACCCCGCAAACACUCUCAAGAUUCAAGUCGAGAACAUCGACGACUACCGCGGUCUCUUGGAUCUUGAGGCCACCUUCCCUGAAAAGAUCAUAAAGACCAAUCUGUCUCUCCCUCAGAAGAAGCACACCCGAAGUCCUUCGGCGCGCAAGGAAAAGCACCUGCAGGAGCAGCUCUUGUUGAUGGACAAAAAGAUGAAGGCGCGCAGGCACCAGGCGCAGCAGGAAGAAAAGCCGCUGCGAUUCUGUCAGAAGAUCGAGAAGCCACCUCAGCGGCCCGAGACUCCCACGAUUGAAGGAAGCACGGAAAUCGAGGACGAAAUGGAGCUGGCAGCUCUGCUACUCCAGGGCCUCAUUCGUGGCCGUAUCGUUCAGAAUCUCAUGUAUCAGGGCAAGGAGCGCAGACUGCAGCUCAUCGGCGAGUUGCGAACUCGCCAGACGAUCCGAAAGGCCAACGAGGUCAGCGAGGCUGCCCAAGCUGCGCGCGAGGCGCUUGAGGAGCAGAGAGUUCGUGAAGGUGACGAGGAGCAAGCCUCCGAGACGAGCGAGGAUGAAGCCACCGGCGGUCCACACCGAGGCUCCCUGCGCCGCAAGCAUUCCCUUGGCACCGAGGAGCAAAACCUCUUCAACUACGAGGUCAAACCCCAGAUAAAAGAAGGAGAGGAACAGUGGCAGGAAAGGGAAACAAGCAACGAAGAAGAAAGAGCUGAGCGUCUGGUCGAAAGCACCAUCGAGGCCGAGUAUAUGGGCAAGACCUUUGAUUUUCUCACCAAGGAGCUUGUGCGGCUUCGCGAAGAACGAAGAAUAGAUGCAAUGGUCAAGCUUGCUGAGCGCACCCGCAGAAUGAGGGAGGCCGAGGAAAGCGGUUUGAGACAAGUGGAGGUCAAGCGCCAGGCCGAGGACGACGAGGUCUUCCGCCAAGUGAUCAAGGUGCACCAGGAGACUGUCGACAGUUAUCUCGAGGAGAUCAUCAUUGGAGGCAUCGAGCACGUCUCCAGCGUCCAAGCUCGCGAGCAGGUGUACGAAUACGCUGGCAAGAUCAACCAAGUCGUUGAUGAAAUCGAGCGCCGACAGGCACUCCAGCCGGAGACAGCAGAGAUUACUGUGGCGGAUCUUGUCUCUGCAUUCUUGAUCCCCGAGGUCGAGAAAGAGACGCUUCGCAUGCAGAUCAAACAAGAGCAGCGCAAGUACUUGCUGGCUGCACACACGGCCGUUUACAACGAAGUGCGCCAGUUGGAGCAGGAGCUCGUAGACAACGCCGAGACAGAGCACGGAAAUUCCGAGGCACCGAGCGGGCAUUGAGCAGGUGGUGCCUCUGGCACAUCUUCCAAGACGUGAGCCGCAACCUGCUCCAGGAACGAUGCUGCCAGUGCCUCCAACAUUUCGUUGUGCAAAAUAUGCUACUUGUGUGCAUGUGGGAGCUGCUUUGGGCUGAAGCAGAUGAUGGAUUGCAGCAUUAGUGAGUAUGCCGCUCUCCCGCAUGACGGUAAAUACAGAGCUGGACUCGGUCCUCCUGCCGGCAUGCCUGCAGAGCAUCCGGCCCGAGGCCGUGCACCAACAUAG